UGUCAGUGAAACCGGCGGCGUGCAGUGUGCUGUGGGAACUUUCUCGCACGUGCAAGGUUCGCUCAAGCGACAGGCGAUCAGUCGCGCCGGGCUCUCAGGUGCCGCUGGCCGUCGCCUCGGGUCGCGCUCGAGCCUCUGCUGGACUUCAGCGUCAGCACAGCGACGACCUUCUGUGAUUCGAAGCUUGAGUUGCAUUCCUUUUUGGCUGCGGACGCGACCGCCCCUCAGCGCCUGGCCGCGGCUGCUCCGUCCCGUCCCUUGCCGUGGCCGCGUCGGGACGAAGGGAACGCCCGUCGUCCGCCGCUGGAGCGCGGUGUGCUUCCUCCGCGCGUCGGGGCAGAGGCAGGCAGCGGCGGGCAGAUCAGCCUGUACCCUGCGCAGGUCAAGAUCGAUGUCGGGGCGGGGCUUGCGUAGUCCCCCCGCGCGGCACCGCCUCCGCCGCCACACCACCGCUACCUCCUCGGCCGCUCGCACUACGCCUCCCAGACCCGGACUUGUUGAACGUGACGCCGCCGCCGCCGCCUACGAACGCACGCUGCUGCUCUCGCUGCUGCUGCUGCCGCCGCUGCUGCCCCGCCUUCCGUACCUGCUCGCCCCUCCUGCCACGUGCCUUCGCCGGGGCCCCUCGUUCUCUCGCGCCCCACGCCCGUCACGCCCCGGCGCUGUUCCGUUGCAUUGUUCACGCUUCGCCGUUGAAAAGGUUCAGUGUCGAGGCGCGAGUCCGGCGCUCGGGUGCCCGGGAAAGGCCUUCGGCGCCGCCAGAGUGGAUUCCCCAGCGGCGGCCAGGACCUCCCCCCCCGCCUCGCCCUCCAGGAGUGAGGCGGCGGCAGGAGGAGGCAUGGCGACCUCCGAGGCCCCCCCGCAGCCUCCGCAGGGAGAGCUCCAGCCGCAGGAGGAGGAGGCCGCGACGCCCCACGACCGCCUCAUAUCCUUGACGCGAGGGAUUCCAGCUGUCACGCCCCGCUCCCCUCCUGCCUCAAUCCCGCCCAUGAGUUUAUCUCGCCUCUCCGAUCCUCUCUAUCAGCGGGACUCGGACACAAAGCCUUUUUCCUAA